AUGGCUGUGGCUCUCUGGAGUUUUUAUUGGGUCCAGGGUGCUUCCACGGCUUUAGCUGUGCCAUGCAACUACAAGAAUCGUUUGCAAGAAUUUACUCAAAAAUCACACAUAGCAUAUCCCGUGUAUUUAGCUGUUAAUGAGGGGCUCCCACAUCAUCCAAAGUUCAGGGCGACAGUGUGUGUGGACAACACCAGUUACAUUUCCCCCAACACUUUCUCUAAAUUGAAAGCAGCUGAGCAAGAUGUAGCUAGAGUAGCACUAGAAGGUCUUGCUGAAAAAUUACCAGAAGAAGAAGAGUGCCCUGUUAAUUUGGAGAAUAUUACUCCAUUUUCCAAAUCUGUCUUGAAUGAGUAUGCUACUAAGCUGAGUUACACCGGUGAUACUGCUAGAAGAAAAAAAGAUGCUGAGAAGUUAGCAGCAAGUGCUGCUAUUAUCUCAAUGCUUGACGGUGCUACCACAGGAACACUUUAUGAGAUGGUGAAAUCAAAAUACAAUUUUUUUGCUGAAGCCAGACUGAACAACUUUGAUGAAUGUACUCAUGCUCUUCAUUCUAGUUUAGCAACCAUGGAAAAAGUAGGAGAUAAGGAGGUUGCAGUUCCUGUGGCUGUUGAAAGCAAUGAAACAAGAAUUGCACUUCCUGCACCUUUUUCUAAGAUGCCAGAACAUGCACCUUCCCUCAAGCCACUGUCACGUAGAUUCCAAAUCUGA